AUGAACUUGAAGGCACUUCUACAAUGGUCAAAAACCCCAAAGCAAAUAAAAUUAAAUACAAAUGGAUCAAAUUCUACCAAAGACCCUGUUCAAGCUUAUUGCAGACUACGGCCCAUGAAAAAUGAGUCUGAAGAGUCCUGUUUAAAACUAGUGUCCCAAUCGUCUGUUCUAUUAUCACCACCAACAACUGCAGUGAAUUAUCGAGCAAACUUUAAAGAAGUUAAGUACAAAUUCAGACGCGUUUUUGAUGCUGACAUAGGCCAAAAUGAAAUAUUCAAUGAAGUCGCUCGUCCGUUAGUGGAGAAUUUAGUAAGAGGUCGCAAUGGGCUUCUAUUUACUUACGGAGUUACAGGCAGCGGUAAGACUUACACAAUGGUCGGUGAUAAACAGAACCCUGGUCUUAUGCAGCGUAGUAUUGAUGUCCUAUUUAAGACUAUUGCUAACAAUCAUGCUAAGAAAUUUAUAUUCAAGCCAGAUAAGUUAAAUGGUUUUGAUGUUCAAUCCGAAGCUGAUGCUUGUGCUGAGAGGCAUGCAGAAUUGUCUAGCAAAUAUUCGAAAACUCCCAAACGGUGUAACUCUGACUUGGAAACACCUGUUAUUACUGAAGAUCUCUCUGUAGUUGAAGGAGUAGACGAUGAUAAUAUUUACUCAGUAUUUGUUACUUUUGCUGAGAUAUAUAAUAAUAGCAUAUAUGAUUUGCUAGAGGAAAGUGCUAAUAAAGAUCAGCGUAGCCUGCAAAACAGAAUGAUACGUGAAGAUGGUGCUAAGAAUAUGUAUUUGCAUGGGAUUACUGAAAUUGAAUGCAAAAGUACUGAGGAGGCUGUUGAAAUAUUUAACAGGGGACUGAGGCGUAAAAGGAUGGGUUGUACUAAUAUGAAUUCAGAGAGCUCACGCAGUCACUCUGUUUUUACAAUUCGAUUGGUGCAGGCACCAACUGAUCAAUCUGGAGAAAAUGUAAUCCAAGAGAAAAGAGUAGUUUGCAUUUCUCAAUUAUCUUUAGUAGACUUGGCAGGAAGUGAACGAGCUGUGCGCACAAAGAAUUCCGGAACUCGAUUGCGUGAAGCAUGUUGCAUAAAUAAUUCUUUAAUGACUCUGAGAUCUUGUCUGGACAUACUGCGUGAAAAUCAAAUGACUGGAAGUAACACAAUAGUGCCAUACAGGGACUCAAAAUUAACCCAU